CUUGUGUAUAGAUUUAGAAACAAAAGCAUGUCCAAUUAGCCUUUUCCUCUUUAUAUUUUUGCCUGUUUCUAACCUCCACUCGUCAUUAAAUUAAGGUAAUCGUCCUUGAUAUUGUCUGCAAUAAGGAGUUAAUUAUUUAAAUAAAUAUAAAAAUGAGACAAGGAAGUAAUUAAUAUCAGCCCUCCACUCCACCUGAAUAGCUCACCCCCUCCUCAGAACCUUUUCCCAUUUUCACCCAAAAGUAUAUUGCCCAUAUUUAUUCUGACAGGAAAAGAAAAAAUAAAAAAGAAAAAAGAGCAAAAGUUGCAAAACAUCUCCUUUAUUCACCAACUGAAUCGAAAACCUCGCACCAGCUGACGGGUGACAUCAUCCGAUGGGGGACUCCCCGCGUGAUUCGUCGAUCGUCGGCGGCGAAGUUUCCAAGCUUGUCGAGCAAGCGAAGGAGUUGCAGGAGGCGGCGGCGUCUCUCAUAUCCCGCACCUCCAUCGAAGAGGAUGCGCUGCGGCAGCGCGUGGCGUCACUUGAUUCCCGGAUCAAGUCCCUCCGCAGCUCCUUAAACAACGACAAAUUGGAUGAGGAGUUGGUCAGAGCUAGGUAUAUUUUGAGCGAAGGAGAUGCAGCAGCAUUUCUUCCAAGCAAAUCUCAUGGGAGAUUUCUGAGGAUGUUUUUAGGUCCCAUUAAUGUGCGGGCAAAUAGGAAGGAUGUGCAAUUGAAAGUGAAAGAAGAAUACAAUAAUUUCAGAGAUAGAACAGCGUAUUUGUUCCUUUUUCUGCCUUCAUUGCUGCUUAUGCUACGGUCAACUAUUUGGGAUGGAUGUCUACCUGCAUUACCAGUUCAACUAUACCAGGCAUGGUUACUGUAUCUCUACACUGGUCUAGCUUUGAGAGAAAAUAUCUUGCGAGUAAAUGGAAGUGAUAUCCGACCAUGGUGGAUUAAGCAUCACUAUUGUGCUAUGGGUAUGGCUGUAAUUAGUCUUACUUGGGAGAUUGAGAGAGGACCUGAUUGCGCUCAGAAACAGAGAGGUGUGGAGCUUUUUCUGAAAUGGGCAAUCAUGCAAGGAGUUGCAAUGAUUCUUCAGAACAGAUAUCAGCGGCAAAGACUUUACACACGUAUUGCUCUUGGCAAGGCAAGGAGAAUGGAUGUUGUUUGGGGAGAAACUGCUGGAGUCGAGGGGCAAUUACUUCUGUUAUGCCCUAUACUUUUCAUUUUGCAGGGUUUUGAGGCAUAUGUUGGGGUCUUGCUGCUUAAAACUGCACUUGCAGGAUUCAGUUUAGACUGGCAGGUAAUCACCUGCGGGAUUCUCCUUAUAAUUAUGGCCGCUGGGAACUUUGCUAAUACUGUGCAAACUCUUGUCACAAAGUCGAGGGUUAAGGCGAAAAUAAAGAGAGAUAAAAGCAGGCAAGAGUUGUUGAACCAUGGUACCAGGGAUAAUAAGACUGCCUGAUUAAGAAAACAUUUUCUUAGUUUAUCUGCGGCUGCAAUAAUGGGAUAGGGUAUUAUAGCUCUUUUGCUUACAACGUUUUGACCUCUAUUCUGUCCCUAAUCUCGGUUAUUAGGAGUUCUUUAGUGUGUUAAGUUUAGUUGUUUAUCUUUUUACCGCAACUUUGAAUAUACGUUUUUGCACGUGUCUUGUUUUUUUAUUUUAGUGGGAGUAAAGCUUGUUUAAAUGGUAGUUUUGAUUGUUCAUCUUAUUUUUCCCCAUUUGUAUAAGUUUAGUUGUUUAACUUUUGUACCACAUUGUUGAAUAUACGUUUUUGCACGUGUCUUGUUUUUUAUUUUAGUGGGAGUAAAGCUUUGUUUAAAUGGUAGUUUUGAUUGUUCAUCUUAUUUUUACCCAUUUGUA